GUUUCACCUUCUCAGUUACGCACUCCUGCUCAGCAUGGGUAACCGGAGCGGCAAAGCAAAAAGCCACUGGGGUUUCCAGGAACUCUAGGGUCCUAUCAGUGGGGUUUCUGGGCUGUUAUCGUGUCUAGGGUGCCUUUCGGACUUUGCAGGGCUGCUGCUGCUGCUGCUGCGUUUACAACCUCCGAGUUUCCUCCAAACUCUUCUCCGCACUUUGUCGUGAUGAGUCGUCAUCCAGAAGUUCUUUGGGCACAGCGUUCUGAUAAGGUUUACCUCACUGUUGCUUUGCCUGAUGCAAAGAAUGUCUCGGUGAAAAGUGAACCUCCGGGGUUAUUCAGUUUCUCUGCCAUAGGUCUACAAGGUGAAUCAUUUGACUUAAGUCUGGAACUGUAUGGAACAAUUGUUUCCGAGGGUAGUAAAGUUAAUGUUGGACUCAGAAACAUACUUUGCUCAAUCCAGAAAGAGCAGAAGGGCUGGUGGAAGAGACUGUUAAAGUCUGAUGAAAAACCUGCUCCUUACAUCAAGGUUGAUUGGAACAAAUGGUGUGAUGAGGAUGACGAAGAGUCGAUCAAAUCUGACCUUGCCUCAGAUGAUGAUCGAGCUGCGGAAAUUGGAGACGAUGAGAGCAGUGAUGAUGAUGGAAUGCUCUAUCUUCCUGAUUUGGAGAAGGCUAGCCGCUAAAAGCAAGUAUCAAAAAGCCAGAACUAACAAAUACCCUGGAAUUCAGGCAUAACCUUUUCCACAUUUAUUAGGACAUACACAUCUCUGAAUUUGAAAUGGGAAAAAACAGGAAAUUUGACUUGGGAGUUUUUUUUUUGUAAAUAUACAUGUUCUAUCUUUGUCAGGAGCAUACACUUGGGAACUCGUGCAUUACCACAUUAGCUUUCACUUGGAUCAAUGAAUCCUUAACCAUGAUAAACUUUACUGCUUCACUGAAUGUAUGCAUUCAGUUGCUUGAAUUUCCAAUCACAAGCCAUGUUGGCCA